UUGCUCGUUCGCCCACCCCGGUCAGUUCGCUGAGAUUUCAUGUCCAUCUCGAAAAGGGAUGUGUCCCGCGAGGUGGAGUCUGUGUUCACGGCCCUCGCGAAAGCGCGCGUCCGCAAGGACAUGGACCCAGAAGUUCUGAAGUCAUCUCAGUAUUUGGACAGAAAGCUGGAGGCUCACCUGAAAUUGGACUGGUACAACGAGCAAGCGGUCAAGAGCGAGGCCCGUCGCCAGGCCAACCAGCCGCCCGACUGGAUCUGCCUUCUGCUCCAGAGGGACCGCGACGCCCGCCGCGCGUGGCAGCUGCUAAAGGGGGUUCAAACCUCCGGCUGGGGGGGCUCCUCGUCCAAGCCCAAGCCGGCCAAGGGGCAGCUUCAGAACCCCGAAAAGGAAGCAUACGUCGACUCGGCGGCCGUUGCGGAGAGCAAGCUGGAACUCCAGCAGGAGCGUGCCGCACAGGGGCUGAGCAACGAGCCCACACCGUCCUUCGAAGUCGAAGAGGUCGACGACUGGGAGACCCUGGACGAUCUUCCCGGGGACAAGCCGACGGAGGCGGCCUGAAGUGGUUCGCCCUCUCCGUCGAUUUUGGCACGGGAUUCGGGCUGUAAAAGGCGUCUGGAGUAAUUAGGCGCAGAGUUAGCACGACGCUUGCUAUUUGUGUUUCUCCGACUGCUUUGUUUUUCGCUUCUGGGUGACGGGAGUGAUAGGUGCUGUCUGGAGCGGAAGAGGUAGCAAGUAGGGAGAAGGGGGCGUACGGAGUGGAACGAGGUGUAUGCAACCCUAGAGAAGGAUUGUUGCUGUCUGGUGGUUUCGAGUGUUUUGCGAGAUUUUUGGGCUUUGGGGGACCAGAUUUUCCGGUCUGAACACAUGCUCUCUAUCAAGCUGGGUAGGACCUGCGAGAAUUUGUGUCGGCGUGACGUGAACAAGUUGGCGUGGCGUGUCCUCGCUACAUAGGCGAGCCCUCUCGGCGGCUGGCUGGCUGCAGGCACGUACCACGAUAGGCUCACCAAGCCUGUGCAGUUGUUGACAGACUGCCUGGUUGUGCCAAUCUUCUUUCGUCAGUGGCGAGAAGCACCGUCGGCCAUUGAGCUCGCGGGUUUUCUCUGAGGGUCGGGGGGGGGGGGGGGGGGGGGGNGGGGGGGGGGGGGGGGGGGGGGGGGGGGGGGGGGGGGGGGGGGGGGGGGGGGGGGGGGGGGGGAUGCUGGGAAGAUUUGUCGGCACUCGGCUGGCUGCACGGCGUUUCCUGUAAUGUGUUUUCCGCCUGAUGCGUCGAUUGCAACACCCUCUCGAUUAGAAGGCCAUGCGUGGAAGCGUGCUGGUGGUAACCGUGCAGCGCUUCAUUGCAAGUACACCUGGAAGUCAUGGCGCCGGCGUUCUCAGCAUCUAGGGCCGUCGUUGGCCAUGCUACUAUGGCACGCGUGUUCUUGGUUGGUGUGGUCAAGGCGGGCAUGGUGGAGGAGAUCCAUCAUCAUCUGCGGCAGGGGUGAUAGUGGUUGUUGGAGACAAAAUGCUACAAGGAAACACGACUGUUUUGUGUGGUCUUCAUCCUUUUCGCGUGUUCACGUUCGCGAAGCGCACCUCUCGGUGUCUUGUGCGAAGAACGGCGCUGUCAGCUAACGACGCGAAAUGCACCACACGUCCGAACGCCGGUGUAGGGAUCAUCACUACUCAAGGGUCUUCCUUGACACUACCACCAAUACCAGACCCAAUACCAUCCACUUGUACUACAGAGUACAGCGGACAGCCCACGGACGUGCUGCCUUGCCGAAAAUAGUCAUCGUAACUUU